GCAAAAUGGGAUAGCUUUACUUCUUCCUUCCCAAUUUGGAUGCCUUUAUUCCUUUUUCUUACCUAACUGCUCCAGUUAAAACUUUCAGUACAAUAGUGAAUAGCAAUGUUGAGAGCGGGCAUUGGAUUUUGUCAAAAGCCUUUUCUGGCUUGAAGGACGUGAUUAUGUUGUUCUUUGCCUUUGUUCUAUUGAUGUGUUGUGUUACAUUGACUGAUUUUCUAUUGUUGAAACCACCUUGCAUUUCUGGAAUAAAUUCCAUUUCGUCGUGGUGUAUAAUCCUUUUAAUAUGCUGAUGGGUUCAGUUUGCUAGAAUUUUGCUGGGGAUUUAUGUGUCUAUGUUUAUCACAGAUAUUGGUCUAAUUUUCUUUUCUUGUGGGGUCUUUGUUUGGUUUUGGUACCAGGGUGAUGCUAGCCUCAUAGAAUGAGUUAGGGAAAGUUCUCUCCUCUUGUAACUUUUGGAAUUUUUAAGAAGGAUUGGUAUCUUCUGUUCCGUAAAUUUUGCUUGCAUUCCCCAGCGAAGACUUCUAGUCCUGAACUUUUCUGUCUUGGGAGGUUUUUGAUAUUACUUUGGUAUCUUCGCUUGUUAUAUGUCUGUUAAAAUCCUGUCUUUCUUCAAGACUUAAUUAUUUUACUGUCUUUAUAAGUUCAUUAUCUGUCAAUGUCAUUGAUCCUCUAACAUUCUUCAGCUGAGUGUCUCUAAAGUGGGUUUGUAUAGAAAAGGGUGAAUAGCACAGAAAUCAAUGAGGAGAGAGUUCUAGGAAGGAUAGUUUUGCCAUAAUUAAGAAGAGUUGCUGAAGGGGAUGUGUUUCUUAAGUGUGAAUGCUUUACUUGUGAAUUUCCUGAAUUCAAAAAAUUGACACAGGGCUGAGUGACUGUGUUCUUGUUUCCUUUUACUGGCCUUUCUUUACUUUCCCUAAGGUGUUUCUGCAACAUGGACCCACAGAAUCUAACACGUGUGUCUGAAUUUGCACUCUUGGGCCUCUCAGAAGAUCCAUAACUGCAGUCCCUCCUCUUUGGACUGUUCCUGUCCAUGUACCUGCUCACCGUGCUUGGAAACCUGCUCCUUUUCCUGGCUGUGAGCUCUGACUCCCUCCUUCACACCCCCAUGUACUUCUUCCUCUCCAACCUGUCCUUGGCUGACAUUGGUUUCACCUCCACCACAAUCCCUAAGAUGCUUAUGGAUAUCAAUACACACCACAGAAUCAUCUCCUAUGGCAACUGCCUGAUUCAGUUGUCUUUUUUUGUUUUUUGGGGGUGUAUGGACAAUCUACUCCUGAUGGUGAUGGCCUACGACCGAUUUGUGGCCAUCUGUCACCCACUUCACUACCCAGUCAUCCUGAACCCCAACCUCUGUGGCUUGAUGGUUUUAGUGUCUUUUUUUCUCAGCCUUUUGGACUCCCAGCUGCAUUGCUUGAUGGUGUCACAACUUACCUUCUGCAAAGAAGUGGAAAUUCCUCAUUUCUUCUGUGACCCUUCUCAACUCAUCAACCUUGCCUGUUCUGACACCACUACCAAAAACAUACUAGUGUAUAUCGGUGCCAUCUUUGCAGGCAUUCCAGUCUCAGCGAUCCUUUUAUCUUAUAUUCAAAUUGUUUCCUCCAUUCUGAGAGUCCCAUUAUCAAGUGGGAAGUAUAAAGCCUUUUCUACCUGCGGCUCUCACCUGUCAGUCGUUUGCUUAUUUUAUGGAACAGUUAUUGGGGUGUACCUCAGUUCAGCUGUCUCACCUUCUCUUAGGAGUGGUGCAGUGGCCACAGUGAUGUACUCCGUGGUCAUCCCCAUGUUGAAUCCCCUCAUCUACAGCCUGAGGAAUAGGGAUAUCAAGAGGGCCCUGCAGAGGCUACUCAGUAGAUCAGCAUGAUACCAACACCUGUGUCAUUUUUUUAGUCUGUGGAUUAUAAUAGGCAGAACACCAAACAUGUGGAGCUUGGAAGCAUGCUCCU